AUGCCGUUUAGAUUACCCUCUCGCCGCCUUCCUAUCCUGCCUCACUCGUCCUCCCGACUCACUCGUCCUCGCGCCGUCCGUCCCAACGCCGUCCCGUCGCCUGAAUUGUCGCCUCCAUCGACGUCGCCCUCGCUGUCUCCCGUCGCGGCCCUCCCCUCAGUUCGCGUCGCCACGCUAUCUCUCCCCUCCCCUCCCAUCGCCUUUCCUCUCCGGUUGCCUUUCCUCUCCCGUUGCCCUUCCUCCGUCGCUUUCCUCUCCCUUCGCCUCUCCUCUCCCGUUGCCCUUCCUCCGUCGCUUUCCUCUCCCUUCGCCUUUCCUCUCCCGUUGCCCUUCCUCUCUCCCGUCGCCCUUCCUCUCUCCUGUCGCCUAUUCUCUCUCCUGCCGCCCUUUCUUCCUCCCGUCGCCCUUCCUCUCUCCCGUCACCCUUUCUUUCUCCCGUCUCCUAUCCUCUCUCCCGUCACCCGUCUUCUCUCCCGUCGCCCCUCCCCUCCCGUCUUCCUCUCUUCCGUCGCCCUUCAUCUCUCCCGCCCCAUCACCCACCUCGGCGUCUUCCCGCUCGCCGAAAUGCCUGCCCGUCGCGUCGGCCCCUCUCGCUUUUCCCUCGCAGCGUUACUCUCCCCGUCACAUAUGCCCUCGCUUUUUUCGUCGCCCCUCGCAGCACCCUCGUCGCCGCCUUCCCAUCACCCUCGUUGCCUUCUCUCUCCCCCAUCACCCUUUUUCUCUCGGUUCGUAUCACCCCUCUUAUCACCCUCACACUCUUCCCUCACCUCGUCCGUCACCAUCGCGUCACCCUUUCUCUCUCCCCUCACAUCACCCUCCUUGUCGCCGCCGCCCUCCCUCUCGUUCUCCCUCUCGUUCUUCCCAUCGCCCAUUGUAUCCACCCGGUUCAUCACCGACCUCGUCGCCUUCGCUCUUGCAAUGUAA